UCUCUGUGCAGCUAGCUAAUCUGAUGGAGAUUUACACAGUGCUGCAGUCUGGGGUGCUCAGACCUAGCUGUUUAGCCUCACUGUUGUGUAGAUGCAGACAAUCCCAUUCGAGGAAGGAAACUGCUCUGAAUGAUGGCAAGCAAGCAGCAAUCAGGAGAAACAAAAUGGGAACUUGUUAAAUGGUAUGUGAGGGAAGGGAAAUUCAAAAUGGAAGAAAGAACACUCACAGCUUUCAACUGGUUGUACACUCCCUACCAACACCGCAUCGUCAGCAGGGCUGACCUGGAGGCCCCGAGCAGGAUUGAUAAGUCUACCGUGGCUGCCUUGAGACAGAGGAAACAAGAGAUAGCCAACGGGGCCGACAUGAGCACAGUGGAACCACACCUGUCACCGCCUCACACUGCUCCUCCCUCCACAAAGUCUGCAGAGUUUUUCGACAUGCUGGAGAAGAUGCAGCAGACUCCAAAAUUGGAUGAACAGAAGGCCAAGAGCAACAGACAAAAGGAUGAUUACAUCCCAUACCCCAGUAUUGAUGAGGUAAUAGAGAAAGCAGGACCAUAUCAGUCCAUUAUCCUCCCCCAGUUUGGAGGUUACUGGAUUGAAGGAAUUGAGACUGUCACCACCCCAACGUCAUCGGAGAGCAGCUUCUGCGAAGAGGAUGCAGUAGAGAAUCUAAGUCCCAGCACAUAUGGCUACAAACUGGAAUGUAACAGCACAGCCAGGGUCUAUAGGAAGCACUUCCUCAACAAGGAUCAUUUGAAUUUUUACACCUCGUGCAGCAUUCAUGGAAACCUGGUAGUUUCUGUCAAAUACGAAGAUAAUGAUGGCCAAGAAUAUCUGCAGAUAAUCCUCAGAUCCAAAUGCAAAACAAUUCAUGAGCGACUCCCUCUGGCUGGAGUUUCUCAACUCCCAAGUAUUCCAAUCAUUGCAAAGCUCCUAUGUGAUGAUGUGACCUGUACAAAAUUCUCUCCUGUGCUUUAUCCCAAGGCAUCCCAGCUAAUAGUCGCAUACGAUGAACAUGAGAUCAAUGACAAGUUCAAGUUUGGUGUGAUUUAUCAGAAGGCCAGACAGACUACAGAAGCAGAACUAUUCGGGAACAAUGAGGAAAGCCCUGAAUUUAACGAGUUCCUUAACUUGCUUGGAGACACAGUUGUGCUGCAAGAUUUCAAAGGCUUCCGAGGAGGUCUUGAUGUCGCACACGGUCAGACCGGGUCUGAGUCUGUCUACACCGUCUUCAAAGACCGAGAGAUAAUGUUCCAUGUCUCCACAAAGCUGCCAUUUACAGAGGGAGACACUCAGCAGCUGCAGAGGAAACGGCACAUAGGGAACGACAUCGUGGCACUCGUGUUCCAAGAGGAAAACACCCCUUUCGUUCCAGAUAUGAUCGCCUCAAACUUCCUUCAUGCCUACAUCGUGGUGCAGCUUGAGACCUCCAGUGCAAAUGAGACAACUUAUAAGGUUUCAGUAACCGCUCGUGAGGGUGUUCGUCACUUUGGCCCUCCAUUGCCAAGUCCACCUGUGUUUAAGAAGGGCCCUGAGUUCAGAGAGUUCCUGCUCACGAAGCUCAUCAACGCGGAGUCGGCCUGCUACAAGUCCGAGAAGUUUGCAAAGCUGGAGAACCGCACCCGGGCAGCGCUGCUGGACAACCUGUACGAUGAUCUCCACAACCAAUCACAGGCCAUGUUGGGGCUGGGCUCUGAUGAAGAGAAGAUGGAAAACGACUCCCAUGGAGGAUUCCUGGAGUCCUUCAAGAGGGCAAUCCGUGUCCGGAGCCACUCGAUGGAGACUAUGGUGUCAAGCCACAAGAAGCACCACAGUGGAGGGUUGCCAGGCAGCCAAAGUGGUGGGAUCCCGCACGGCGUGAUGGAGAUUACCAAGCAUCCUCCCAAUCAAGUAAAACUUAUGAAGAGUCCAGUGAAAAGGAGGUCAGCUCUCUUCCCCCGAACCCAUGCAAGCUCAGAUGGCCAGUUGGACGGCAGGCCACGCUGUGAAAGUCUGUCGAGUUUGUCGAAGACUCCAGAGAGCAGCCAGAUCUCACCGGACGUCAAAUGGGAAACAUCCUCCAACCCCAGCUCACCUGAAAUGGGCCCCAACAAAGACAGGCCCUUCAUCAAACUCAAGGAGAAUGGCAGGGGCAACAUCUCUCGUUCCUCCUCAAGCACAAGCAGCUUCAGCAGCACGGCGGGCGAGAGUGAAGCGAUGGAGGAGUACGAGACCAGCACGGGUAGCCAGCCAUCCACAGCAUCUCCUUUCCGACAAGACGUCUUCGUCUACAGCGGUGAAAACCAGAGUAUCUCAAGCCAUGUCGGCUCGUGCAAGAGCCCCACAGACACAACGAAGUGUAAAACCUCUCCUAGAACUACUUUGAAAUUCCGUUUUGAGAAACUUCAUCAGAGCUCAAACCCGCUAUUGGGAGCUUGUCCUUCACCACAAAUGUAGCUGCAGCCGUCUCAGACACGGCCUCCACACCUUGAGCUGCUCCCACCCUUCCUGAAUCUGCGGCGCCCCAUUCUCCCUCCAGGGAAGAAGGAGAUGAUCAGGAGGUCCAGUCCUACGGCUGCCCUCGCAGGGGUUCAGGUUGCCUGCUCCCUCCACCUUCAGAGCAAACCCAUUUCAAGGUCUCUUUAGAGGCAUGUUACUAUAACAACAUAAGCACUUUGCAAGUCAUGUCAGUAAAAGAUAACAUUGAAUGUGGUUUGGAUAAACUUCAAGUUUUCCUAUGCUCCUUGGCUUUCUUGGGCUGUAACCUUCUGGAAUUAACAUUUCUUUGGGCACUUGAUUUCAUUGGAGGCUGACAGGUGCAGGCACCUCAGAUCCUACAAUGGGAAAAACCUGGGAGAGAUCUUGAAGGGACAACCAAGUGUCUUGAAUAGCCAGUGAUUUCUGAGCGGAAACAGAGGUGAAGCGACUGUCUCUUACCCUAGAGCACAAGGCAGAAUCCCCAGGGCUGUUACUGUAGAAAUAUCAGGAGGUUGCCCAUUUCCCCCACCCCUCCCUCUCCAACUCUCCCAAUAGGGGUGCAGCCACUCCUGAAUCCCUGCUGAUGUAGCUUCACACAGUACUUGUAGCAGAGCCUAAACUUUGUGUUGUAACCUGUUAUCUGCCAUGUUUACACUGCUGAUUAACGAAGAUCUUCAUUGUGCCCUGCUUGGUCUGUUGUCCGUGUGCCUGAUAUUACAUUUAAAUGUGUUAGUUGUGCAAACAAGAACUUGCCUUUUUAGUCUUGGGCGAAUUACUCCCUUCCAGAUUCCAGUAAAACAUCAGCACUAAAAUGGUCAACAGAAUUCAUCUUAGACAUUUUGAGUGAGGAGAAGACUUUAUCAGAUUUUCUUUUCAGCACAUUUUCUUCUCAUCACAUUUUCUUCCUGGUCAAUUGGGGCCUUGAGGUUUGAAGGUUUUGGAGCCUUGGCUCGUAACCCUGAUAACACCUGGAGCAGGGCACUGACUGCUGCCUUGAUAUUUGACUAUGAUCUGAAUUUUAAACUCUUGGUUAUUAAUUAGCACUCAGAUCAGAAUUAAAAUUCACUCACCACAUUCAUCUUUAGCUCAUUUUCUCUAUUCUUCUCACUUUUUUUUCACGCUCUCUCACUAAUUCCCAGCAACUGUGCUACCCCUGACUUCACUUUCUGCCUCUGUACUAUCAUUGUGCAGCUCCUCCCUUGGUUUCUAUAGCUCCCUCUCCAAUUCAUUGUGAUUCCUCUCUGCUUUCAACUCUCUCUCUCUCUCUCUCUCUCUCCUCCCUCCCUCCCCCUCUCUCUCUCCCCCCUCUUUUUUUCUCCCAAACUCAUAAAAAAUUAUCUCCCUAGCUAGAUAUUUUCAAAUUCAUCACAAAAAUAAACCCAUAUCACAUUAAAGAAAAAGGCAAGACAAAGAUCUGGCGCAGACCUUGAAUGUAAAGCACAGUGUUCUGAACAGUCUAAGAUAUGAUUUGGCCUUUUCCCAAUAUUGUUUUGACACCACAUCCAUCACUAAAUUAUUUUGCCAACAUGUGCAACCUGUCAAUGAAUUGACUACAUGUUCUUCGAGGCAACAGUUUAAGGAGCCUUCAUGGUCCCAGACUCUGCCUAAUCACAGAUUUAAGUAAAAGAUUUGCUGUACAGUAUUGUGUUUGGGCCAAAAUAUAAACCCAGUCUUCUGCAUUCUUCCAUGUUCCCUGUGACGUCACCACUGUCUGUGUUCCCUGUGAAGUCACCAGUGUCUGUGUUCCCGGUGAAGUCACCACUGUGGUCCCUGUGAGACUACCAGUUUCUCCAUUUCAUAUAAAGUCACCAGUAUCCUUUCACAUUUCAUCAUUUAAAAACUUUACACACAGCAAGUAGCCAUUAACUGGAAUUCACUGUGUGAAAGGGCAGUGGAAGCAGACACUAUUGUGGACAAAUUUUUGAGAGAAGUUGUUGCAAGAGUAAGAGCUCCAUCAGAGAGCUGGUGCAGACUAGAUGGGCUGAGUGUCCUCCUUCCUUGCCGUAAUAAUCCUAGAACCUCCAAUUCUGUGAAAAAUUCAUCCUUCCCUGCUGUGUUUGUGCUCGGGACCUCUCCCGUCCUGGAAAUGUAAGCUUUCAGCCAGCACAUUCAGGAGGUGGCCAGUAAGAGCCAGAACUCUUCUGGCCACACACCCAAAUCUUUCUGCAGGCAAAUCCAAGAAAGAAUCACAUCAGGCUGCACCUAUCAGCCAGUAACCUCAUGGCAUCACUGAGAUCAGGUCCAGCCGAGCAGGAGGAUAAAGAAUAGACCAGUGAAACCAAAACAAAAUCACUUACAGAUGUUUCUGGUAUGUGUGACUUUGACCUUUAUUGGUACUGUAAACAUUUACAGAUCGACAAUUACCCACCUGCUGAUCCUGCCACCUCUUCUCUCUGAAUCUCAUUGUUAACAAUUUACUAAGUAUUUACUUGAAAUCCCACCCCCAAUACUGAGCCCAAAAUAAAUCUCUUGUCUCCAUUUCCACUGUUUGUAGUUCGGAUCAUAGUUUAAUGGUCGUAAAACUCUAUUUCUUAAAGUAGUUAAAAACAGAAGGCUGGGGGAAAGAAGUUGCUCUCGUUUCCUGGGUACUUUGCUUGUGACCAUCAAUUUGAGGCCAUCUUGGUCACACUAGGACUGCCCUCCUUCUUGAUCAGGUCACCCUCACACGUUGGUACCGGAGAACAGUGACGACUGCACAGGUUUUCUGUUGUGGGUGGCCAAGGGUGGGUGGGUCAACCCCCUCAAUCUUCCCUCCUCACAAACUGGGAUAGGUUUCAGGUCAAACCCAGAAGGUCUAUACUGCCACAGCUCUGUGGGCAAUGUUGGGAGUGUGUGGACUUCAAACUGAAGCAAUGAGUUAUUGUAUACCCACACAUAUCUCUACCCCUAAACCCCUACACUUUACACCUUCAGCCUUGGCAAAGCCUGUGCAGUUGUAUGACUAUUUGUUCUGCUUUAUGUUUUGCGAAGCAGCUUGGGUUGUUUGCCAAGUUAAAGGUGUGAUGUGAAAAAAAUGAUUGUUGCUUCUCAUGCUGUGAUCAAAGGAACCUUUUACCAUGAAGUGAUUCCAGAACGUUCAUUGCAACACAAUUAAUUUUAGUUUUCAGUCUCACUCUUGCACACGUACACACACACGCACGCACACACACGCAGAAACACAAGACAAAAGAUGUUUUGGGGAAGCUGUGUUAACGAUCCUGCUAAUGUGUAAAAGGAAAAAAAGCAAAGAAUGCAGAAGUCUUGGACUUUGAACUAUGCCCUCUGGCCAAGGUUGUUGUGGAGUGUGCAUGGCCAAGGGGUUGCUGUGCAGAAAGAUAACGCACGUGGAACCUUUGUUAAGAAGCAGCAUUGAUCCACAGAUGUAAAUAUUGUACAAUUAAUUUAUUGCUACUUUGGCAAAUUAAUUUUGUUGUGAUGUAAAAACUGGAGGAUCUGAGAUUCCUUGUUUGUAUAUUCUGUUUGCUGUUGAUGUCUUUUUGUGUAGCGCUGCACAGUAAUAAAUGUAUUUUGUGUCA